UGUAAAUGUCAUAAUUAUUAAAACAUGAAAUUAGGAAGAACAGAAGUUUGGUGUUAGACACCAACCAUUUUUAUACAAACAAAUAAUAAAAAUCUCAUUAUAUCACCUUUGCAUUUCAUCACUCAUCACAUUCACAAUCCUUCUCUUUUUCUCACAUCAAUAUAUAUCUCUCUUUCUCUCUCUUCAUUUGAUAGAUUUGAAGAUUUGAGAGGAGAGAGAGGAAGAAAAAAUGGGAGAGAUGAAGAGUAUGCAAAUGGGUGUGAUUGGAGCAUUGUUUCUAUCAGUUGCAUCUUCUGUCUCCAUUGUCAUUUGCAACAAAGCUUUGAUGACCAAUCUUGGUUUCCCUUUUGCAACAACACUUACUAGUUGGCAUUUGAUGGUAACAUAUUGCACACUUCAUGUGGCAUAUAAACUAAACUUCUUUGAGAAUAAACCAAUAGACAUGAGAACUGUUGUUCUCUUUGGCCUCCUCAAUGGCAUUUCCAUUGGUCUCCUCAAUCUCAGCCUCGGCUUUAAUUCCAUCGGCUUCUAUCAAAUGACCAAACUUGCUAUCAUACCAUUCACUGUUCUUUUAGAAACCCUCUUCCUCAACAAGAAGUUCAGCCAGAAGAUAAAAUUCUCAUUGUUUUUGCUGCUAGUUGGGGUUGGUAUAGCAUCAAUCACAGAUCUUCAGCUCAAUUUUGUUGGCUCUGUUCUAUCUCUCCUUGCCAUUGCCACAACUUGCGUCGGCCAAAUUCUAACAAACACUAUCCAGAAGAGACUGAACGUGACAUCAACACAACUCCUAUACCAAUCAGCCCCGUUCCAAGCUGCUAUACUCUUCGUCUCGGGUCCUUUUGUCGACAAAUACCUCACUAGCCUCAAUGUUUUCUCCUUCCAUUACUCUCCCAUCGUCGUGGGGUUCAUAACGUUGUCGUGUUUGAUAGCGGUUUCGGUUAACUUCAGUACGUUUUUAGUGAUUGGAAAGACAUCUCCGGUGACAUACCAAGUCUUGGGACAUCUCAAAACGUGUUUGGUGCUCGCAUUUGGUUACACUCUCCUUCACGAUCCCUUCACUCCUCGUAAUAUCGCAGGAAUACUCAUCGCUGUCCUCGGGAUGCUUCUCUACUCCUACUUCUGCUCAGUUGCUUCUAAAUCCAAACAAGCCUCCUCCGAUUCCACUUUUCUUGGGAAAGAUAGAGAUACGACGCCGCUUUUGGGACAAGAAAAUGAGAACCAUCAUGAAGCCAAGAAAUUAGACAAGCAUUCUCCAGUAUGAAAUAGUACAAUAACUCUUUCUUUAUGUUUCGACUCUAUAAUUGUGUCCCUUUUUUUUGUUCAUUCAUUGAUAAUGUUUUUGUAAUUGAGAAAAAAUUGAAAUAGCCAAUGGGCAUUUUCUCUUCUUUUUUAUAUUUACAUUUCCUAUUUCAUUUCCUCCUUUUUGGAUCUUACAAGGAUUAUAAAAUUAUUUUCU